AGACAAAGAAAGCUUUCUUCUAUAAUCCUUCUCUCGUCGCAUUCCACAGAUCACAAGAACCAAAACUCGAAUCUUCACUGAGAAGAAGAUGAGCAGAGGAAGCGGAGCUGGUUACGAUCGUCACAUCACUAUUUUCUCACCGGAAGGUCGUCUCUUCCAAGUGGAGUAUGCUUUCAAAGCCGUGAAAGCAGCUGGAAUCACAUCGAUCGGUGUGCGAGGGAAAGAUUCUGUAUGCGUCGUUACGCAGAAGAAAGUUCCGGACAAGCUUCUAGAUCAGUCUAGUGUAUCUCAUCUUUUUCCUGUUACCAAGUACCUUGGAUUAUUAGCCACUGGCAUGACAGCUGAUUCAAGGUCAUUGGUACAACAAGCAAGGAAUGAGGCAGCUGAGUUUAGGUUCCAAUAUGGAUAUGAGAUGCCUGCGGAUAUUCUUGCUAAAUGGAUUGCAGAUAAGUCACAGGUUUACACUCAACAUGCUUACAUGAGACCCCUUGGAGUAGUUGCCAUGGUUCUGGGUAUUGAUGAAGAGAGAGGACCUCUACUUUACAAGUGUGACCCAGCUGGACAUUUUUACGGUCACAAGGCAACUAGUGCUGGUAUGAAAGAACAAGAAGCAGUCAAUUUCUUGGAGAAGAAAAUGAAAGAAAACCCUGCCUUCACAUAUGAUGAAACAGUGCAGACUGCUAUAUCCGCUCUCCAAUCUGUUCUUCAAGAAGACUUUAAGGCAACUGAAAUUGAGGUCGGAGUUGUGAGAGCUGAUGAUCCUCUCUUCCGUUCCCUGAGAACAGAGGAGAUUGACGAGCACUUGACGGCCAUUAGUGAACGUGACUGAUCACUUUUCACUGGAACAUUUUAAUCAGACUUUGCAUCUCUUUCUCUUGCUUUAAAGCUAUCUAAGAUGAUUCACAUAUCAUAGAAACUUGUUUCCAUUAUGAAUCGUGUAGUUUCCAUUUGAAUCAUCUGCUUCCUCCUAAUAGAAGUUACAUGUAAGGUUGUCACAUUAAGAUUGAAUGAGAUGGUUUAAGGUUUUUGAAUU